AAAUGUGAUAAUUAACCUAUCAAACCCGCAAACUUCUUACUGAAUUACUGCUUAAUUAUGUCAAUGCCCCUACUUACCAGGUGACCAGGAGUCUUAGCAAUAUGCUCUAACAAGUCCUUUUAAAGAAAGUGGAAUGGAAGUCGAUGCUGCAACAAGCUACAUUAACUUGGCUAAAACUUGCCGAACCUCUGGUGACCUUGAGCAAGCCAAGGAAUAUCAGCAACGUGCUCUAGACAUUUAUCUGGAUAAACUCGGUCCCGAACAUGAAACCAUUGCAAGGAGCUGCGAUAGCCUAGCUUCCAUAUGUCAAGACUUGGGUGAUUUUGAGCAAGCCAAGGAAUAUCAGCAACGUUCUCUAGACAUUCAUCUGCAUAAACUCGGUGCCGAACAUACUACUAUUGCAGAAACCUACGAAACCGUGGGUUGUUUAUACCGAGCCUUGAAGGAUUUUGAGCAAGCCAAGGAAUAUUAUCAUCGUUCUCUGGACAAUUAUCUGGUUCAACUCGGUCCCGAACAUAUUACUAUUGCAAGGACCUACGGUAGCCUAGCUUCAAUAUACCAAGAAUUGGGUGAUUUUGAGCAAGCCAAGGAAUAUCAGCGACGUUCUCGAGACAUUUCUCCAGAUAAGCUCGGUCCCGAACUUGAUAAGGUGAAUACAAGCUUAUUUUUCUUUGUCUUUAGUAAAACUCGUUAAGGUCAGUUUCAAUGAAUUCAACUGUUUAUCGAAUUCGGUGUUUUGAUGAAGUAAGGUUUCGAUAGAUUCCACAUCAGUUUCGAUGACACUCACCAGUUCGACGAAUUCAGUGCUUCGACGAAUGUAAGGUUUCGAUGAAUGGCAAUAGAGUAUUGUAUGAAUUUAACCGAGAAUUCAAAGAAUUCAAACCAGCUUUUGAUAAAUCCACAAGUUUUGGGCAAUUAAAUUCACAAGUUUCGACAAAUUCACAAGAUUGAACUUUGAACCCGAUAAAGUGCCAUACCAAAGCAAACAGUGCGCAUUUCUAACGCAGGCGCCACUGGGCAUCUUUGAAAUUAAUACAAAUGUAUAAUUAAAUGAGUGCGACUGAAAUGAUUUUUUCGAACGUAACGUUCUUGCAAUAUGGCAAGCCCGCUAUAAGACCGUGGAAGGGUAUUGCAGAAAGUUAUGUCGUGGCCCAUCAAACCUAAACCCAAAUCUCAAGGGGUUUACGGCCAGGUUUGGUUCGAGUUAGCAUGAGCUUCGAGAUACUGUGAGUCAGCAAGUAUUUCUACCACAGUGCGUAACAAUAAUUAUUUAAAACUGGAGUAUGGUUAUUGUUGAACUCGUCAUAGAGUAAGCUAAAACUUUUCUUGAAGAAAAUCGUUUCGCAUCAUAAAAGUAAAAUAAUUAGACUGUCUCAAGAGAGAAGAGCUUUAUGCUCUCUUGACUGCGUCCUAAAAAAUGCAACACUGUGAAAAAACAUUGAAAGCUACGGCUCAGCCAAUUCCAAGAGUACCCAUACCUCUGCCGGGUAUUUGUUAGGCAUUCGUCCUGUGUUCCCAAGGUGGGGGUAUUUGUCAUCGAAUGUCUGCCGGGGGUGGGAUAUUUGUCAUGGUUGAAUUUUAUGUUUUCUAUCACCUGUUUACAACUUCGUUCCCAGGUUCUCUCUCCGACAGGUAGGAGAGACCCCUGGGAACACGGCUGACCUGUUUGAAGGAAAAUCUGUGGAAUAAUAUUCGUACACGUAAACACACAAGCUUAUCAAAGAAAGCUUUGAUAAUUCAAAACUUCGGGUCUUUAGCCUGAAGACAGACGUUGUUUUCUUUUUCUUUUCGAAAAUCGACUAUGCUACAAUCCUGGACAAAAGUCCUUGGGGACAGAGAUGCAAUAUUUGUAAUUAUCUGUAAUUUCUGGGUGCUUUCAGUGCUACCUUUUGGAAAAUACCUUGCAAGUUCUCCCUCCCACCGCCUUAAACAUUGUUGACUUGGGGAGAAUUGCUGGUUUUCACAUUACGUCAUCAAAAUUCAGUUUAAAGAAUUAAUAAUAAUAAUAAUAAUAAUAACGGUUUAAUAUCAGUACAUCCAUGGUAUGGCUGUUCGCCUGAUAUAAAAGUAAAAUGAGGAAAUUAACAUAAAUCUGAAUUAUGAAUUUGUAAAAAGCUAGGUAAUAAACAGUAAAAUGUAAUUAUACAAUAUAUACAUACAUUAUCUAAAACUAGGCAAGAAAUCAUUCCGCCCUAUUCCGGCAGCGCUCCCUUAAAAUACAUAAUGUUUGCUCUUUGAAGGAUUUAAAAUUAUGACAACAUUUAACAUUGGAUGCCAGAGAAUUGAAGAGGGCUGCUGCGCUAUACUGAAAAGUGUCCGAGGCGUGGGGAAUAACUAGAUUUAUGGUACUUGAUGACCGUAAAUUUCUAGCAUGUCUUACUUUCUCAAGCUGAAGGUUUCUGGGCCAAUCAUGAGAGUAUAUAGCUUUGUGCGCGGCCUUAGAACGUGUCAUUCUCUACGUUCUUUCGUAGGCAACCAGCCUAACUUAAGAACAGAGUCC